AGUCCAGCUCCCCAAGGUUCCCUUGCGAUGACGUCACCCUGAUUUCCAAGAUGGCCGCUGCCUUGUAUCACAACAGCAACAUUCGGCCUCAAAACAGAGGCUCUUACAACUUUCUCCGCUGUUCUUACUCCGUGAUAUCACAGGAACACUUCGACCCGACCGUCUGCUAGCCUUGUGGCACGAGAAAACAGCAGUUCCCGCCUUUAAAACGAGUUCUACACCGCUCCAUCUGCCAAAAAUAAAUGACUCCCAAUUCAAUGGCGCUGGAUCUCUCUGAAGGACACCGCAGUGUUCGGUAGAGUUCGCAGUCCUUCAGGAGGAGUGAGGAGAACGUCUCAAGGACUUCCUUAUGAUCGAACUGACGUCUUGAGACGUCUUGACGCAGCGAUGGCGACCCGCAUGGCGAGUCGGGAACAGAAGGAGGAGGGGGAGCUCGCAGCCAGCCGGAAGAGGCGAAUGUUCGACCUCUCGAGGUACCGAGGGAUGCUACAGAGAGGAGGCAACAAACAGCCUGGCAGAUUCAGCCAGUCGGUGGACAUGAGCGGGGGUCCGUCGGUACUUCCGUGGGAGACCGCCGGGUCAGAGGUCGGGGACAGAGGGAAGGACUGGGAGGCAGCCAAGGACAAGCCACAGGACUAUCCUCGAAAACUCUCACUCGACUCCCAAGAUGUGGCCAAGUCCCCACAUGAGAAGAAAGGAGCGCGGCGAACCCGCUCUCUUCCUAAACCUAAGGGCACAUCUGAGUACGUGGUUCAGAAGAGUGACUCCCUUGCUGGCAUUGCUCUCCAGUUUGACACAACUCCAUCAGAACUGGCCAGACUGAACAAACUGCCCACCAGGAUGGUGUUCCCUGGCAUGAUGCUGUACGUGCCUGAUCCCGAUGCCUGGACUGAUGAGGAAACGUCCGUGUCCAGCAGCCCAGCUUCUCCGCCUGCCUCUCCUCCAACCGAGAUUCCCUCUAGGAGAUUUGACUUGCCUGUUGUUCGUGAAAAGGAACCUUCGGCUCCGGAGCCUGGUCAUGUGACCAGCCCCGCCCAGGUCGUGACCCCCAGCAGCAGCCGGCAGUCGUCCUUAGAUGAACUCGGCAGCCAGAAGGAGGACGAGUUCCACGAACAGUUCCUCAAGAUCAAUGUCAAGUACAUCACCGCUGGCAAGGGCACAGUAAGCGGAGUUCUCCUGGUGACUCCCAACGCCAUCAUGUUCGACCCACACAAGUCGGACCCGCUGGUCAUCGAGACAGGAUGUGAGGAGUACGGACUGAUCUGUCAGAUGGACACGGUUCUAUCCGCGGCCAUGUACCACGAUAUCAGACCCAUGAUGGAACAGGAACAUAAAAGAGACGAGAUUUACAAGUCCGGCGACUACAGCCAGGACGAGGCGGAACCAACCAGCUCCUCUAGGAGCAGUUGCCAUGGCAAUGGAAAAGCCUCGUUACCUGGGCAACGGUCGGAGAGUCUGGAGGAUGAGGUGUUCGGUGGGGGAAACGGCGGCGCCCGGCAGCAGCAGACAGCCGUGGAGGUUGCCCAGCUGGUGGACCUCGGAGACGCGGAAUCCGACCCCGUUGCCGCGCAGGGUUCCGAGGUUGCCGCGGAAGGUUCCAACGUGCCAAAGCCGCAGAAGUUUGUGGAGGAACUGGUCCCCAUCAUCGAGGAGAAGGUGGACCCCAACAGACUCAGUCCUCGGGUCCUCAGUCCUGACGCGGGGAUUGACGAAGAAACUGACCAGGGGAAGGCUGUUGGAGGGAAGGGCAUGGACGGAAAAGAAACAGCCGCAGACCAGGUUAGGAAAAGCGGCUGCAGCGACGCGAGCGACACGGGAAGCGUGGAGAGCGGCAUUGCGGAGAUGGUCGAGGCCAACCAGAAGGACACCGUCAGGCCGGCGGACAACGGUGCAAUCACAACGUCGGACACUUUAACCACGACCGGCGCCGCUGCUACUAGCAGCACGGACACAGACUUAGAUUCAGCCACGGACUUGGUUUCUCUGGCUGGAAACGGGAUCGUGCAAGAGAGCAUAAACUUUGUAGACUUUUCCUGCGGGUUGUUCACGACAGAAGCGAACAGGUCGGGCGUGCAGGACAUUUCCGAGGCCAUUCCCGAGGACUUCGGCGUGCAACAGGAGAUCGCCGAGCUUACUAAGGAUGCCUCGAAACUGUUACCCUCCUCGGAAGACGUCCCCGGACAGAGGAAGGAGGUGGCGACGGAAGACAGGGUUCGGGAGAGGCCGACAUUCCUGCCGUCUUUGACGGGGUCAUUUGAUGAGCUGCUGCUGUCCCAGCCCCAGAACACAAUGACCCACGUUAUAACAGAUAAUGGUUUUCAUCCCACAGAGCUGCUGCCAUCCCAGCCCCAGUCCCUGAACUCCCCCCAAGGCCCGCCGCUCUUCCUGUGUCUCAAGGUCAUGCAGAUGAAGAAGUCCUUCACGGGGGGCAAAGAGGUCGUCAACCCAGGGAGCACCAAGUUGCCUGAAUACUGGUUCGCCAUCCCCAAGGACAGAGCCGACCACUUGUACGCGUUCUUCCUGCAAUGGUCGCCGGACGUGUACGGCCACGAGGUCAACAAGGAUGACCUUGAGGUGUCGGGUUUCGUGGUGCUGGGAGAGGAGACAGACUCGCUGGAAGUCGUGGAUGACUUCUACUCCGCAGAGUCCAGUUUGUAUAAGGACUGGGAGAUCGUCACGGCGAUGGAGGCCAGGCGUAGGUUGUCCAUGUUGGAGGUGGAGGACAGUUUACCGCAGCCGACCCUGCUGGGGAAGAGCAACCUGCUGGACACCAAACAUGUCUCACAGCUUGCCCAGUUCCUCCCCCCCAGGACAGAAGGCUAUGCCUGGAUGCUGAUCUACAGCACGUUUGAACACGGCAUCAGCCUCACCACUAUGUACAAGAAGAUGGUCGGCGUCGACUCACCUGUGCUGCUCGUGGUGCAAGAUUCUGACGACAAGGUGUUUGGAGCUCUGACCUCCAGCCCAGUAAAGAUCAGCGAACAUUUCUACGGAACAGGAGAAUCUUUUCUCUUCACCUUCUUUCAAGACUUCAAGGUGUACAAGUGGACAGGAGACAACACCUUCUUCAUCAAGGGAGACAAGGACUGUCUGGCCAUCGGAGGAGGAGACGGCCAGUUUGGCCUGUGGUUGGACGAGAUGUUGUACCAUGGACGAACCCACGCCUGCACGACCUUCAACAACGACCUUCUGACCUCGCAGGAGGACUUCACCAUCAAGGGGCUGGAGGCCUGGGGCUUCGAGAUGUAACCUGAUAUCCAAACACUCGUAACCUGAUACACACAGGGCUUCUGUCUGUAACCUGAGAACCAAGGUGUUACCUGGUCUUAUACACAAUACACCCAGGUGGAACUUGAUCAACACCCAGGGCCUGAGAUGUAACCCGAUACAGUACAUGUACCUGGGGAUGUAACUUGAUAUGCCUGGGUCCUGAGAUGUAACCCGAUACAGUACAUGUACCUGGGAUGUAACUUGAUAUGCCUGGGUCCUGAGAUGUAACCCGAUACAGUACACGUACCUGGGAUGUAACUUGAUAUGCCUGGGUUCUGAGAUGUAACCCGAUACAGUACCUGUACCUGGGCAUGUAACUUGAUAUGCCUGGGUCCUGAGAUGUAACCCGAUACAGUACCUGUACCUGGGGAUGUAACCCGAUAUGCCUGGGCCUGAGAUGUAACUUGAUCCUGUACCCAGGCUGUGAGAUGUAAUCUUAUACUGUACUUGGAGGCUCCAAAAUGUCAUAGUUACUAGACAGAUGUAAACUGAUCUCACCUGGGGUUUUGAGAUGUACAUCAACCAUCUCAAAUAUCAAACUAUACUAAUUUUUCAUGAUAUUACAGAAUCAUAUUAAGGAUGUAUGGUAUUUACAUUUAUUUGGCUAAUUAUAUGUAUUUCGAUUAUCAAAUAUGUUUGCAUUUCAUAAUCAUGUUCAAUUUAUGCAUCAAGCCAGUCAAAUAUUAUUCAUAAACAUGCAGUUUACUCACAUCUUGCUACAGUUAUUUAGCAGAAAAAAAGAAGAAUUUUUGAAAAAUGUUUUUUGUUCUUCUCUUCACGCAAACCUAGAUGACUCUUUGUUGUAAGAAAGACACUACAUUAAGCCAUGGCAGUAUAAUAAUAGGAGCUGGGUUUAAAAACAGUGGGUAUGUUUUCCACCAAGUUACAUUUGUAACCAUCCCAUCCAGAGCCCCUGGUAUUAAUUGCUUCUUGUCUGUAAGUUUGCAGGUUUUUAGUCAGAAAGGGGUCAAAGAAAAGCCACCAUAUCUGUAGCAACUAUGAAAAUAAUGCUGUUAAAUGGAGUGUAGAAUAAACUUUAUUUUCCUAUAGAAUAGAAUUAUAAUAGAAGAGAGCACGGAGGUAUUUUGUCAUUCCAGAUAAUUAUUUUGCAGAUAGAUUGAUUAUAAAUGGGCACUGUGCUUACAUGUAUGCUUUCUAUGUGAAUAAUCUGUUAUGUAACCACUAUAGUUGUAUAAAUCUAACUAUAAAUAGCACCUGUGUUAUUGUAUCAUGAAAGGUAAUAUACUUACCGUUCAAGAAAAGAAUGAUAACUUCAGAUUUUAUGUUACAGCGCCUUAAAAUAGAAGCUAAACAUCCUAAAGUUUUUUUUCUUUUUUUUUGCAAGUGUACAUUGUAACUGAGAUUUGCUGGGCUAUGGCAUCGGUUGUUGAAUAUAUUUCAGACUAAGCUUUUUAAACUUGUUCUUAGUAGGACAAAAGUCGAAAACCCAGCAGAAAUUUGAAGCUGUCAAACUUCUAAAUGUUGGGCCCAACUUACAGUGAACAUUUCUUAUAUCAAAGCCAGUAUGUAUGUCACAGUUAUGAUUUAAUGAUAAUUUCUUUUGACUCGUGAAAGGACAGAUGAGUAAUACUUUUUUGUUGUUUCAGGCAGUACAAAAUGCAAUCCCCAGGUUCUUGUGUUUUUUGACAAAAGAAGAAGAGAAAAAUGUGAGAUUGUAAAUGAUAAAAUGUCACAGCCAUUUCUGAAAAACAUUGAUACUGUAAUUCUUAAAACUUUUGCAGCAGUUUUAUUUGUGUGAUAACGUCUAAACUGCAAACCAUGACACCCCAAAUAUGCAUUAAAUGUAUUACUACUGUAGUACAGAAUUGUUUUGGCAAGAAUUUAAAACACUGCAAAAUCCCCUCUUUGCCACCAUCGUUCAGAAAUAAAACUGCCACAGAAGUUAAUAAAAUUUACAGUAUGUAAAAUAUAUACUUGUGGCCUAAACUAUGCUGUGAUAGCUUAGCCUACUGAAGACUUAGCUGUAUAGGCUGGGCAUACAGUAGGCCUACUGGCUGUUGUAACUGUUGACUAGUCUGGAGUCUGUUGGUUAUACACAUUGUGCAUCCUGUCAAUAGGUACCAUUUUCAGAUACAAGUUCCCGGGAGUUUUCGACCUCCCGAAAGCUUGGUGUAUCUGAUGACUUGUAGCUGGGAGUAUUUCCCUGUGGAUCCAUGUAUGUACAGUACGGACUAAAAUAGAGUGUACAAUGUACAAUGUUACUGUACUACAAGCCAGCACAAGAGUGUAGAACUACUGUUACAUGAUGGUUAAAAUGUGUUCGCUGGCGAGUAAGAAAAAAAAGUGUCUGGAUGAAAAAAGUCCAGAUCUAGAUGAUUGUGGGUGUUCAUACAUGUACAGAGUCAAAGUGACCAUAUUCGUAUAGCCUCCACUGCAGGCUUGUUGGGGCCUAGUUUUGGGCCUUGUUUCCAGGCUACCUUUUUGGUGACCUGACACUAACCUUGUAAGGUCUUGUGUUAGAUUUUUGGCUACAACUCUGUAGUGGAGCCAUUGGCAAAGUAAUCAAGUUGUGUGAUAUAAAAGUGUUAUAAUUCUGAAGUUGUGCAAUGCAUUCCCUUAGAAAUAUGUUCGUGACUUUAAAUUGCACAACGUACACAAAGACUGUCGCUUUCUUUUCCGCAGCAAACGGACAAGUCUCGAGUCUAGUGUUGCAAAGUGUUACCCUUGAUUAAUCCGACAAAGUUUCAGAAAACGGUGUCCAAAAAACUUGCCUGGAAAUGUCCAGGCCCGAAAUUUCCUUGCUGCCCUAAAACUUGCAGUGCAGGAAAAAAACUCGUACUUAAAAAAUACAUCUACUGGCCAUGUUGGAAGAUAUUGUAGGUAUACAGUGUAGAUAGAUAGAUGUAAAAUAAUAAAGACAAAGGUUAUUAUUAUUCUCUAAGGUCCCUGUGGGCUGAGUGUCUGCCUUGUGGCAUGUAAAGUUGCUGUCUGGUCCGGUAGGUGGUGACUGGUGAAGUUUAGAUCGUGCUCAAUAAAAGGUGACACUUU